UGUCUCUGAUGUGAUUACAAAAGAUCCAACAUCAUUUGCUGAAGAGAUUAAAAGAAAAAAAGCAAAUGUGCAGAAGAUAAUAAAGAAGAUGAAUGCCACAGAACGGAAAUUCAAGCAGCCUCAGAUUGAAAAGGAAGAAGCAUCAAAAGAAAGAGAUAGCAAGGUUUCAGGUAGCAAUGAGACGCAAGAGCAAAUCAGAACUGGUCAGACGGAAAAUAAGCAAACAGCUUCUGGGAACGGUGGGCCAAAUAAUCAAACAAGUUGCCAAAAUCAGCUGCAGAAUACCAUGAACACUGGGCCAAAUAAUCAGAUGUGUGUGUGUGCCUCUCUCAGAAAUCUGAUGCCUAAUAUGUGGAACAUUUUUGGCCCAAAUAACAAUAACCAAAUGUUUUUCAACAAUCUGAUGCAGAAUAUGUGGAACAUUGGGCAAAAUAAUCCAAUGUUUUUCAGAAAUCCAGUGCAGAAUAUCAGGAAUACUGGGCCAAAUAAUCAAAUGUUUUCCAGAAAUCCAAUGCAGAAACGUUUCAACAAUAGGCCAGAUAGUUGGAAACCUUUCCAUAAUCCAGAGAACAGUGGAGAGAAAAGGAAACCAAAAGAAAGAAAGGUUAUCAAUUCAAAAGAAGUUAAAGAAGGUUUCCAAGGUUUCAAAGGUUCAAAUGUGUUGAAGCAUAAAGGUUAUGAAAUGUGAGGAUUGAGAUAAGAUUAUAUAUUUCCAGUGUGCAUAUGUCUGUCUGUUUUUUGUAAAAACUAGUCCUGCAAGAAAAAAGGGAAUGCCAAAGUCUGUUUUGAAACUAUCGACAGUAAAAGAUGAAGUGCCAGUGAUUUGUCCCUUGUCAGAUAUGUAUAAUAAUAUAGUUACAAUUGUAUAUCUUUUUGGAUUUGAUUUGAUUUGAUUUUUUUUAUCCAGAAAAAUACCUGCUCCGUAAGUGUUGCAUGAGAAAGGCAGUUAUUGAGAAAAUGAAGACCAUUUGAUAUGUACAAGUGAAUGAUUAAUUAAAGUCAAAUGGAUGGCAAGGAUCAUUUCUUUGUUUUCUCUAUAAUCUGUGAAGAGGUGCUUAAUACUGAGGAAAAGGAGUUAUGCAAAAUAGCUCUUGUAACCAACACAAAAUCACUGUCCUUUAUUUGUUUACUCCCAUAGUUAGAAUGUACUGCAGGUACAGAAAGAAAAUGUUUACAAGUAAGGAAUGUUAAAAUGGAAAUUGUUGAAUUCAGCAGGCCUGUGCUGAUUACAGAGUUUUAAUGAUUGUUAAUCAGUGGAUUCCACAUAAUUUAUGAUGUUAUCUCAUAUUGAAAUAAAAUUUGAAAAUUA